UUCUCGAGGGCACAGUGGGGCAGAGUUGUUAAAAACUGGUCAAAAAUACUUCUCAGAAGCUAAUUCCAGAAAUCGUUAGUGUAACUUUGGUGUAAUUACUUUUAGUCUGUGCUUUAGUUACUAGUUGACGUAUUUUUUCUACUCGCUGUUUCUUGAAUAUGGUGAAGGAAAAUGAGAAGAAAAUGAAAUUGUAAAGUAUGAUGAGUGUAUUGAAAGUUGAUGGCAUGUUGAUCAUAUGUUGAUGGUUUUGUAUGUUAUAUGUUACUGACGUUGACGUUGAAAUUCCCUUGAUUUUCACUGUCAUGUUUCCCAAUUAUAAACAAAACAAUGGAUAUUGGCAAAUAUUAUCAUGAAAUGUACUUAAUUAAUUUAUAAACCUCUCUCCAGUCAUGCCCGAUCACCAAGAAACUGUACUUUUGAGCACAUUUGUCAAUGGAAAAAGAAGAGUUAAAAUUAUUUUCCAUAAAGGUGUUCUUAUUUGGGAUAACAACAAACCACCUCUAGAACAACAUACAGUACCAAUUGAAAAUGUUUUGUCGGUCAAACAUGACAUGUCAAAAAGCAGUGGCCCCCAUUUAGAAAUAAACCCCCAUCAAUUCACAAUUCACUACUCCGAAAAAUCGAAGAAUGAUAAAUGGGUUUAUAAGAACAUAACAUUAAAGCAUUCAGAUCCUUUACAAGUAGCAUCCUGGGUAAAAACCUUACAAAAUCACUUAUCAAAAUUUGUUAAAAGGCCAAAGCAUUUAUUGCUAUUUGUGAAUCCAUUUGGGGGCAAGCAAAAUGCAAUGGAUAUUUAUGAAAAAUAUGGUAAAGAUCUGUUUGCUCUCGCUGGGGUUGAUGUAACUGUUAAUGUCUCCCAAAGAAAAGAUCAAAUCAAGGAUUUUUUAAUUAAUCAUACCUUAGAUAUGUUUGACUCUGUAGCAUGUGUGGGUGGUGAUGGGACUGUGUCAGAAUUAUUUAAUGGUCUAGUUUUAAGGGAAUGUAGACUUAGAAAAAUUGACGCGAACAAUAUUAAUGAGAAUUUGCCAAAACCUAAUAAAAUUGUUGGAAUAAUACCAGGUGGUAGUACGGAUACAAUUGCAUAUUGCAUUCAUGGUACUACAGAUCCUACCACAGCAGUAUUGCACAUUAUAUUUGGUGAUACCUUAGGGUUGGAUUUAGUUUCUGUAUAUGAUGAACGCAAUUUGUUGAGAUUGUAUGCUAGUGUAUUAAGUUAUGGGUACUUAGGAGACGUAGCCUUUCAUAGUGAUCAGUAUAGAUGGAUGGGUCCUCAUAGAUAUGAUUAUUCAGGAUUCAAGAAAUUAAUUUUAAACAAAGGGUAUAAUGGCGAAAUAGCUAUAUACACGGAUAAAAAGGAAGUAUUAGAUGUAGAUUGCAAGAGAAGUUGUCAGAUAUGUACGGAAAAAGAAAUGGAAAAGGGGGAUAAUUGCAAAUGGGAAACAUUUCAAGGAAAAUACUUUAUGGUUAGUGGGGCCAAUAUUAGUUGUGCAUGCAGUAGGAGCCCUAAAGGUAUCGCCCCCUAUUGCCACUUGGGCGAUGGAAAAGUCAAUUUGGUUCUUGUCAAACAUACCACAGUACUUAAUAAUAUUAGAUUAUUGCUGAGACUGUCACGCCAGAACGCAGUGGUGGAAGAUUUACCGUUUGUGCAGACGAUUAGCGCCAGGGAGUUUUGUUUUAGGGCCUUAGAGGACUCCGUUGGUAAAUGGAAUUGCGAUGGAGAGGUUCAGCAUCAAGCGAAUAUUCGGGCUAAGGUACGUUGCCAGCUACUUACUAUUUUCAGUCGAGGUCGUGAGGGAAACAAUAGUAUUAAAACAACCUGCUGUAGUUUUUAGAUGUAAUAAAUAAUACAUGGGUUUCCAAAAUGAUAUAGUCGCCCUCACAUACAAGUGAAAAAAAAUUAAAUGUAAUGAACUCUAGUAUUAACAUCACAUUCGAUGUACAAGCAUUGAAAGAUAGCUCCCUACAUUUGGUGAUAAAUUUGGAAUAGUGUUUAUAUGUAGUAUUAUUAUAAGGAUUAGGUACCACUUGUAUUUUGCUCAAGUAGGCAUAUAAGAAGUGUUAUUGAUAUGUACACACCGUCCAUAAUGUUUAAACAGUAUAAUUUAUUGACAUGUUUUGUAUAUUAUUUGUUCUAUCUUGAUUGUAGGAAUAUAUAUAUAUGUUGAGAAAAAAUCACUUUGUUUAUUUUUAAUAAAGGUUUUUAUCAUAUAACAACGAA